UCUAGCAAUUCCUGUGGGCGGUCCAUGCGCUUCUGUUGAAGGGGCCGGGGGAAUUCGUCUAUUUUGAUGCUAUGUUGGUACGUGGAUGGUGAGCACACUGGGAUUGGAAGAGCUGCAGUGCAACCGAACGCAAUCUCAUUGGUUUUUCUCUUGGCUUUCUUCCUCACUCUCUAUUUUUCAUCCAAGCAAGCUGGGAGUCAAGGUCGUCAUUCUGGAUUGCCGAGGAGCCUUUGGGGUGCUGUUCUUGUGCUGGCUUCUUCCAUUCUUGUGGCUGAAGUAAUAGUAUGUCUUCUUUACAUUCUGCGAAGUGAUGGACGGCCGGGAACAAAGGAGGGUCAGUUAUGGUUAGAGCUUCUAGGCUUUUCCCGACUUGCUACAUGGAAGGACCCGCUGGAGAUUUUGCAAGUCAUUGUUCCUCAGCUUCUGGUGGUGCUGACUGCGGCGUUUGCACUUACUCAGGAGCAUCAGUAUACCAUAUGGGACCUUCUUGAAGAUACGAAUGGGAGGGAUAAAUCGCUCCUCUUGUCCAUGGUUAGGAGCCACAGCCUUCCAGUUGUGUUGCUCGGAGCUGCAGUUGCUGAACCAUCCUUUGUUUCAACCAUCUACUUUUUCUUCAGCUGCGUGGGGCUUUUUGAAUGGUCGAUCUCACCUGAUGCAACCGGUGAAUGGAUGUGGGGUCCUCUUCUGCUGUAUAAUGGAUUGCACAUACUGUUGCUGUAUAUAUACCAACUUCUGUGUUUUCUGAACUACAUGGACUGGCAUGAAUGGGUGAACCUGGGCGAGCAAAUGGGACUGUUCCAGUUUGUCCCAUACAGAUUGUCAAGCUGGCACAACUACAUAAAGGUUGGACUUCUGGUUCUCCUUUAUGCACUGUUAUGUGAUUCCUUGGGUUCGGCAAAGAAGAAUAACGGGCCGGACGUCAGUGACAAUGACAAUGAUCUUGCUGUUCAGUCACAACCAAGCUGGGAAGAUGACGGCAGAGAGACAUGGUCUUCCCUUACAGCACGUCUCAUAAAUAAUGACGGUGGUCUUGAAGAGCUGAGCGUGCCAUUGCAAACAGGAAGGAGCACCAGUUGGGUGGGCCGAUUUGAGAAAUGCAGCAUAGACUUCUUCACUUAUGGAUUUCCGGUGUGCCUCUUUGCGCUCUCGGCAUGGAGUUUCAUGUACAUCAGCAUGCUUGGCGGUGUGCUUCUCUUAUAUGUCGCGUUCGUUUUGCUCAUCUUCCCCACGGCAGAGCAACUUCAAAGGUUGAACCCUCUACUACUACUGUUCAUUAUUCUGUGGACGGUUGCCUCGUACCUGUUCACGGCUUUUGACGUCAGCAAUGAUACGGAAUUUUGGAAGGUCAUUGGCUUGCAGAAGGAUAAACAACCAGGGACACUGCUUCUGCAGUAUGUGCUGGCUGUGCUGAUUGGACUGGAUUUGCACGUCAGCAACACCAUAUUGCAAGGACGGUCUGUCACUGAGGCUCAGCCAGAAGUGGACCCAGAGAUUCCUCAGGAGAAUGGUGCCCGGCGGAACAAGAUCCUUGCUCUGGCAGUGAUGGGAUGGUGUGUUCACAAAAGUGCACAUGUAAUCUCCUUAGCAUUACUCUUCAUUGUUGGAGUCACUGCUGCAGAUCUGCUUCACUCGAUGUACAUGUUCUUCUUUCUUUGCUACCUCAUGUGGCCAGGUGAGGCCAACAUCAACGUUCACAACUUCCCCUCGUUCAGCAAGAAGGCCCUAGACCUUGAAGCGAAGAUAGGGCAUGGACAUGAUCCCACGACGGACAGUAGGAAGAAGACACUGCCUCCCAACAGGAAGGUGAAGGGUCGUAUUAUGUUUGUCGAUAACGAUGGUUCAACCAUCGAAUUAGACGACAACUUCCAGGAAGGAGUAGGUUCAGAGGCAGGCAGCUUAGAAGCUUCAAAGGGUGGAGUAGUCGCUGUCGUAGCUCAGAAAGUCAUUGAGCAGUAUGACUCCGAGCCCCAGUACAUCAAGGGCGAGUGCAACAAGGUUGUUGAUGCCCUGUCGCGUAGACCAGACUUCUCUGGUGCGCUGAUCACUGAGGUUGGGCUUGCGGACAAUGUUACUCAGUCCAUGGUGGAAGUCUAUCGCGAGGAUCAGUUUAUGUCAGAAAUCAUACGCAGACUAGAGGCGAAGGACAAAAAGACUUCAGCCGAGUUUGAGUUCGUUAACGGCUUGCUGUUUCUUGAGAAGGCAGGGAAUAAGCGUUUGUGUGUCCCCAAUAGCAAGUCUUUGCGUAGUUUGUUUUUAGGCGAGUGCCAUGAUGGCACCGGCCAUUUGGGGUACAAGAAGACCGCAGCCAAUCUGCUGCAGCGGUUCUGGUGGCCCACAUUGAUGAGAGAUGCUAAGUUGUACGUGGAGACUUGUCAGGUCAGUCAGAGGGACAAGCCACGUACACAGGCUCCUCUUGGGCUGCUGAAGCCCCUUCCGAUUCCGGAAAGGCCUGGUGAGACCCUGUCCAUGGACUUCAUGGAUACACUGGUCACCAGCAAGAGUGGAAUGCGCUACAUCUACGUCAUUGUGGAUAGGUUUAGUAAAUUUGUUAGAUUAGUUGCGAUGCCGACAACAGCUAAAACGGAGUAUGUGAUUAAGAUGUUCAAAGAGAAUUGGGUUAGAGACUUGGGAUUACCUAAGUCCAUAGUUAGUGAUAGGGAUGUCAGAUUCACAAGUGAGUUGUGGAAAGCAACAGCUGCAGAGCAAGGUACGCAACUGCAGAUGACAUCAGGCAAUCAUCCUGAGGCAAACGGGCAGGCUGAAUAAAUGAACCGCGCUGUACAACACCUGCUAAGGCAUUACAUCAAGCCAAAUCAGGUAGAUUGGGAUGAGAAACUUGCUCUCAUCGCAAGUUUGUACAAUAACGCUGUGCGCAGCGCAACCGGAGUCAGUUCUAACAGCCUGCUACUGACCUUCAGACCCCGACUGCCUUUAGACUUUUUACUACCUGACAAUCAGCCAACCGCUGCACCUGGGACUUCAAAGUUUGCUUAUCGAUAUGAGCAGCUGAUGCAGCAGGCUGUUGAGCAGAUGCACAAGACACAGACGACGAUGAUAGAGUCUGAGAACAAACACCGCCGCCCCUC